UGUCACCAGCCAAGGUUUCCCUUCCUACCUAUUCCCACCCAGGCGGUCUGUGUUGCCCCAUUACCCACUGCUUCGGAGACUUUUCUAGCUCAAUGUCAAGCUGUCCGCAAUCUGCCAUCAGGCCCAACCCCGGUGUAGUUUACACCACUAUGGUGCUACACGUGCUACCCAGAUACCGCCAUCCUUGGUCAGCUCCUGCGUUGGUAUGCAAUUCAUCUCGAUUAUCCUCGACCCGACUCUGCCACCGCUGUCUUAGCAGAUGAUAUUGGAUAUGGAUAUCGGCACACGGAUACCACCACUCAUCCGAAUAACCGAUUAUCAACCAGCCGGUUACAUGCCACUGACCACCGUCCCUACAGAUGAGGAUGAGCAUCGUCCCGAGUGACGGUUGCUGGCGAUCCCCUUCUGACGAUCCGAUCCCCAGGUUUUGCCAUGCACAACGUGCCAGCCUGGGAAAACUCUGACCUGCCCAAGAUAAGACACCUUGAUGGGCAUCUUGAUAGGCUUGAUAAGUCAAAAAAGAACGACCCAAGGACACAAACUCCACCAGCCGGUCUGCAUCUCUCUCCGCCAUAGCCACUCCUCACGAGGUGAACCAUGUCGCGCGUGGCUGGCACGAUAACCUAAAAUCCGUCUAGACAUGGAGUUGUAAGGCACUCGGCACCAAAGAAGAAAGCAUUUCGUCUUGGCCAUGGGUGAGGUGGAACCCGGACGGAGAUUGUUCCUGGAACUGACGGCCAUCCGUCCACUCACAGGCUCUCAAGCUCCCCACGGAUUCGGAUACUGUGACCUUUUCUACCCUACACGUGUACGCAGGUGCCGUGGGAGAACGCAUCGUGCCAUGGCUAUGGUCCCAGCCGGGGGGUUUUCAAUUUGGGGCCGUCUACUCUAGCCGCAUAACCAGGGGACCCUACCAGUCCCUGAACGGUCUCGCCUGUGUUUGCCCGCUUCUCCCUGGUGGAUUUCGGAGGGCAAUCUUCGCGUGGCAGACCACGCCAGCGCCGGGGCAUGGAAUUAUACUUAAACAGAGCAUUGUCGUCUGCCACCAUGAAGACAUCAUCGCCAAGAUAGUCCUUCUCGGAGAUCGUCAACCUCUCUCUCUCCAGCAGAAGCAUUCAGACCGGCGCUCACUUUCGAGCCUCGCUUCGCAUUCCUUCUCAACGUCUUCAGAGAAACCAUCACCAUGAAGGUUUCGACUCUUCUCUCCUCCGGUCUUUUCUCCGUCGGUGCGCUGGGCGCCGCCGUUGGCUCGACCUGCAAAUGCUUCCCCGGCGAUGCCUGCUGGCCUUCAACACAGGAUUGGAACCAGCUCAACCAGACCGUCGGUGGCAGACUCAUCGCUACCGUGCCCCUUGCUGAGGUAUGCCAUGGCGACCAGUACGACAGCGCAAAGUGCUCGAGCCUCCAGUCUUCGUGGCAGACUCCCGAUACUCACAUGGUUGACUCGGCCUCUGUCAUGGCCCCGUUUUUUGCCAACCAGAGCUGCGACCCCUUCACUUCUAGGGACAAGCCUUGCACCCUCGGCAACUACGUAAGGUACGCCGUCGAUGUUCAAACCGCGGCCGAUGUGACCGCGGCCGUCAACUUUGCCCGCAGCCACAACAUCCGCUUCGUCAUCCGCAACACCGGCCAUGACUACCUUGGUCGUUCCACCGGUGCCGGUGCCCUCUCCGUCUGGACCCACAACCUCAAGGAUAUGGAGUUCAAGACCUGGAAUGACAAGUACUACUCCGGUCCCGCCGUCAAGCUUGGUGCCGGUAUCCAGGGUUAUGAGAUUAUGGCUGCCGGCAAGGCCAAGGGUCAGGUCGUCGUUGGCGGCGAGUGCCCUACUGUCGGUAUCUCUGGUGGCUACACUCAGGGUGGUGGUCACUCGGCUUUGAGCACCAGCUUCGGUCUGUCUGCUGACAACACCCUCGAAUGGGAGGUCGUCACUGCUGAUGGCCGUCUCCUCACGGCUUCUCGCACCCAGAACUCUGACCUCUACUGGGCUCUCUCCGGUGGCGGCGGCGGCAACUAUGGUGUCGUUCUCAGCAUGACUGUCAAGACUUUCCCCGAUGCCAAGGUUGGUGGCGCGACCCUUGCCUUCUACUCUUCUGCGAUGGCCACCGACACCUUCUACGCCGCCAUCGAUGCUUUCCACUCUGCCCUCCCCGACAUGGUCGCCGCCGGCACCAUGGUGGUCUACUACUUCACCUCGGACUUCUUCAUGAUCUCGCCCAUGACUGCCUUCGGCAAGUCUGAGGAUGAGGUCAAGGCGAUCAUGGCCCCAUACCUCAAGACUCUUGACACCAUGGGCGUCACCUACACUGCCGGCUACAGCGAGACCGAGAACUACUAUGGUCACUACGACAAGUACUUCGGCCCUCUCCCUACCGGCAACAUCCAGGUCGGCAUUGCUCAGUACGGUGGCCGUCUCAUCCCCGUCGACACGGUCAAGAACAACGCCACUGCCUUUGCCAAGACCGCCCGCUUCAUCGCCGAGAGCGGCGUCACUUUCAUCGGUGUUGGCACUGAUGUGUCCGCCUUCGGCCAGAACAACCAGAACGCCGUCCUCCCCGCCUGGCGCAAGGCCCUCGUCCACGCCACCCUCACCACCCCGUGGUCGUUCGCGCCUGAGGACUGGGAUAAGAUGAUCGAGAACCAGCACCUCAUGACCGACGUCAUCAUGCCCGCCAUUGAGGAUGCCACCCCCGGCUCCGGCGCCUACAUGAACGAGGGCAACUUCCAGCAGCCCGACUUCCAGCACCAGUUCUUCGGCAGCAACUACAACAACCUUUUGUGCAUCAAGAAGAAGUACGACCCCACCAACCUCUUCUACGCCACUGCCGCUGUCGGUAGCGAGGCCUGGACUGUUUCCAACGAUGGUCGCAUGUGCAAGUCUUCUUGAAUAUAGCAAGCAAUGCAGAGUGGUAUUGGUUGCUGGGCGGUUCGAUAUUUGCUGUUAUUAGCGUUGGUUACGUUUAUUAGAGCCUGAUCCCUUCAUCUUUCAUUUCCCAUCCCUUUUUAUUUACGUACUAAUCGUGUGUAUAUGGCUUGUUUAAUUCUGUUCGUUCCUGGGUGAGCGAUCGGAGGUGGUGAGGGGAAGAAAAGAACGUUGUGAGGUUUUGUAAAGGGUUGACGGUUGUUGAGAAGCGAAGCUAUUCGGCUUCGUUACCUACAUUAUGCAUGGUGCGCACGCUAGCUAUAACGAACACGUCAUGUCCAUAUGUCACUUUCUUGUACAUAGUUUUGAGAAGAGACUUUCGAAUACACGCCUUGAUGUAAGAACCGGUCUCUUGUG